GGCCCGCUAGCAGUCGAUGCGUUGCAGCGAACUCGUUCCGUUCUCAUCCCUCCUCGCCUUGGUUUCGCCAGCCAUCGAUCCGCGGCUCGUGUCCGUCUCCCGGCUCCUCGGCGUCUCGCUCGUCAACGCCACCGCCGGCGCACGAGCCCACCGUCGACUCCGCAGACCCGCGCGCCGCCGCACGGGAGGACAGAUCGGCGCUCCGCAGCUUGCAAGCAUGUAUAUCCGAGUGAAGCGCAACAAGAGUACCUACUUCAUUCAAUGUGAACCGACAGAGACAACUUUGAGCGUCAAACAGAAGUUGCAUUCACUAAUAGAUCAGCCUCCUAGCAAUCAGCAGUUGGUCUUGUUGGCUACCAAUGACGUGCUGGAAGAUUCAAAGACAUUGGCAGACCAAAAGGUGGAAAAUGAUUCUGUUGUUGCCUUGGCACUGAGAAAAGAUGACGAUGAGUUUGAGGAAAUUUUCAUCGCCAGGCCAGAGGAUUUCAUGUCAUCUUCAUGAUGAAGAUCAGUUCAUCAUAUGUGCAAGGGCACCCGCACGCCGUCACUAAGCGAAUCCUGCUGCUUGCUCUAUGUUUGUCCCUCUAGGAUCUGGGGUGUAGCCCAGUUGUCCCUUUGGAAAGAAAAAAUAACGUUAUAAAAGAUCUCAAACAACCAUCACGGAUGGCAUUAAGCUUUGAUUUGACACUCCAACUGAUUCUGUGCUCUUGUACCUACUGGUGUCUGUCCUGAUGUUAGGAUCCAGCACACCUAAUUGUCCUUUUGUACCAGCUCUAGCAUGUGAGUUCCAUCCGUGCCUCCAUCACCUAAUACACUUGUGUUGCUGCUGGCCUCUCUGUUGCUUUGAUUCAACUAUGUUGCCGGUCACAUUAUGGAAAA